AUGAAGCUGGCUACCUUGAUCGUGGGAGCUCUAGCUUCCAGAUCUCUGGCUGCUCCGACCCCCGGUUAUGAAGUACACGAACGUCGUGAUUUCAUCCCAAGCUCUUGGGUUGAAGAGAAAAGACUCGACGCAGCUGCGUUUCUGCCCGUCCGAAUUGGACUGACCCAAAACAACCUUGACUAUGGCCAUGAGCUUCUGAUGGAGAUGUCUGAUCCUAACUCUGCUCGUUACGGCAAGCACAUGAGUGCAACUGAGGUGCAUGAUCUUUUUGCACCCAGCCAGGAGAGCGUGGACGACAUUCGUGCCUGGCUCGAGUCGUCUGGCAUCGCCUCUGGACGUGUCUCGCACUCUCAGAACAAGCAGUGGAUCCAGUUCGACGCUGACGCCAGCGAGCUUGAGAAACUUCUUGACACCGAGUAUUACAUCUACUCUCACUCUGAGACAGGCCGCUCUCACAUCGCCUGCCGCGAGUAUCAUGUUCCGCACUAUGUCCGCCAGCACAUUGACUACAUCACACCUGGUAUCACUCUUCGUGAGAUUUCCGGCGUAGGCAAGGCUAGCAACAACAACGUUCAGAAGCGCUCUCAGUACGGCCUCCCGCCUCCUAUUCUUGAGCCCAUCCUUGAACCGAUUGAAGCGCUGCUGGAGAGCCUCUCGGCGAAAUGUGACUUGUACAUCACUCCACAAUGCAUCAAGAGUCUCUACAACAUCACCGACGGCAAGACAUCCACCAAGGGCAACGAGCUUGGCAUCUUCGAGAGCAUUGGAGACAUUUAUGCUCAGGAGGAUCUUGACUAUUUCUUCCAGACUUUGGCCCCGAACAUCCCGGCCGGCACUCACCCUACCCUGAAGGGCAUCGACGAUCUCGUACCCAUCAUCUGGCCGCAGAAUUCUAUCCUCUUCCAAACGGAUGACAACGUCUAUCAGAACAACUACACCUUCCAUGGCUUCUUGAACACCUUUUUGGAUGCCAUCGAUGGGUCUUACUGCGAUACCAUCUCGCCUCUCGAUCCUCCGUACCCUGACCCAAAUCAGGGCGGCUACAAGGGCCAGCUUCAAUGCGGCGUCUAUCAACCACCCAACGUGAUCUCGAUCUCAUAUGGAUCCGCCGAGGCCGAUCUGCCGAUUUCCUACCAGCGCCGCCAGUGCAGUGAAAUCAUGAAACUUGGCAUGCAGGGUGUCUCUGUUGUUGUCGCAUCUGGUGACUCUGGCGUUGCUGGUCGUGGUGGCGACCCAACUCCAAGCAACUGCCUUGGUGCCGAUGGGGAUGUCUUCGCCCCUGAUUUCCCGGCUUCUUGUCCUUACAUGACCGCCGUUGGAUCGACCGUUCUUCCACUCGGUAAAAUUCCGACCAGCCACAGCGAGCAGGCCACAGAUCGCUUUGGCUCGGGCGGCGGAUUCUCCAAUAUCUACAAGCGCCCCGACUGGCAGGACAAGGCAGUCGAGCAGUACUUCGCCACGGCUAAACCCAACUACAAAUACUAUGAGAGCGUCGACAACUCCAGCUUCGCCGCCAACGGCGGAAUCUACAAUCGCAUCGGCCGCGGCUAUCCUGAUGUCUCCGCCAUUGGCGACCGAAUCGCCAUUUUCAACAAGGGUAUUCCCCAGAUCAUCGGCGGAACUUCAGCCUCGGCCCCCGUGUUCGCUUCGAUUCUGACUCGCAUCAACGAGGAGCGUCUCGCGGCUGGCAAAUCGACCGUCGGUUUCGUCAACCCUGUUCUGUACCAACACCCUGAAGCUUUCUUCGACAUUACCAAGGGAAGCAACCCUGGUUGUGACACCAAUGGAUUUGACGCUGCGGUGGGUUGGGACCCUGUUACUGGACUUGGAACUCCCAACUAUCCUGCUCUGUUGGAUGUCUUCAUGAAGGAGGACUAG